AUGCCUUUAGACGAAGCAAUUGCGAAAGCAAAGCCUAAGGUCUUCACACGGAAUACGUUGCAGCUGUACUAUAUGAUGCUUGUUUCUAUGAUGUUGGCUUGGGCCAACGGUUAUGAUGGAAGUCUGAUGUCUGGCAUCAAUGCCAUGCCUCAGUAUCAGAAGUAUUUUGGUGCGUCGAUGACGGGUGGUUCGACAGGAAUCGUUUUUGCCAUUUACCCUAUUGGUUUCCUCGUGGGUUCUCCGUUCACAGGACCGGUUGGCGAUCUUCAUGGAUUUAUGGCUGGUAGAUUCCUAUGUGGCUUUGGCAUUGCCGUGGGUCAAGGUAGUGGUGUGACAUAUGCUGCAGAGAUUGCUCAUCCCGCCUGGAGGAGCGCAUUUACCUCAAUGUACAAUACCUUCUAUUUUGUCGGCGCGAUGAUCGUAGCAUGGGUCACGUACGGUACCCUUGCAAUCAAGUCAGAUUAUGCAUGGAGAGUGCCCGUAUACCUUCAGGCUGUGGCCCCGGCUCUCGUCCUUAUUUCGGCUCCAUUUCUUGCUGAGUCUCCUCGAUGGCUCCUUGCCCAUGGGCGUCAGGAUGAUGCUCAAGCGAUGCUCGCCAAGUACCAUGGCGACGGAAACUCGACUUCACCACUCGUCGGACUCGAAAUGCGGGAGAUGGUUGCAGGAAUCAGUCUUGAAGGAACGGAUAAGGUGUGGUGGGACUAUCGCGCACUUUUCAAUAGCCAUGAAGCACGGUGGAGGAUCGCGAUGGUUAUCGGAAUGGCCUUCAUCGGUCAGUGGGCUGGCAAUGCUUCAGUCACCUAUUUUGCGCCAGUUAUGUUGAAACAAGCGGGAGUCAAGUCUUCUAGGGAGCAGAUACUUUACGUUGCUAUUCUCAAUACGCUUUCAUAUCCUUGUGCAGCCUUCGCAGCAAUAUUUAUAGCGGGACGGUUCGGUCGAAGGACAAUCUUCAUAACAGCGUCGCUUCUCUUCUGCCUCGAGUUCAUCAUCAUCACGGCAAUGACAGCGAUUUAUUCGAAGCCGCAGUAUCUUCGACAUGCGAACAUCAGCGCCUCGAAAACGAUCGUGGCAUUCAUCUUCUUAUUCCGACUGACGUAUUCUUUGACAUUUACACCACUGCACCCGGUUUACCCCAUCGAGUGCCUGUCUUUUGAAACUCGAGCAAAAGGAGCAGGUUUCUACGCCAUCAUGGAUAGUGUAUCCACCUUCUUCAACACUUAUGUAACUCCGAUCGGCCUCGGACGGGCAGGUUGGAAGUUCUAUUUUCUGUACAUUAUAUGGAACGCCCUGAUCCCGAUCGUCAUCUACCUUUUUGCUGUAGAGACUCAUGGGAGAACUCUUGAGGAGCUUACCGAUAUUUUCAGAGCCCCGAAUCCUCGAAAGGCAUCUACCAAGAAAAAGAAGGUCAUCUUCCCAGAGGAUGAUUUGCAAGUGGCAAGCACGGUUGUUGUGGAUGAAGGCGAGGUUACCAAGUCUCGAGAUGCAUGA